CCUGGGACCGCAGCCCUGGGCUGAGCUGGAACGAAAGCAGAGCCAGGAAUGUAAUCAGAUAUUUUGUCCAAGCUCAAUAAUUACCCUGUGGAGAAGGUGCUGUGAGUGGCUCUGUGUCUCUCUGCAAGCACCGUUCUCCAGGACAGAAGGUGGAUAGGGCUUUCCUCCUGGCCCAAGGGUAGAAGAGGGCUCUGAUCACCUACCCUUGUGCUUCCUUGUGUGGAUGUGGGUGCCCAGGUUAGGCGACACGCUAGGUUAGACCUUGCUGCUGCUUUUCUCCUGAAGAUCCCUCCGGUUUGUAGGUCCAUUUCUGGUGUGUUUCCAUGACUAAACACAAGCCCCUUCUGCUCUCUUUCAGUCCUCAGAUCCACGAGAUGGCCACGCUGAGCACAAAGCCAGGACAGCGGUUCUCAGUGCCGGACUGGCACACCAACUCCAACCUCAUCUCAGCUGAUGCUCAACACCAACGUUCUGCUUCCCACCAAGUCCGUCAGGAAGCCCGAGCUCUCCGCAAUGAAACCAACAACCAGGCAAAAUGGGAGGAGCACAACAACAGAACUCGCCUGACUGAACGUAUCAACAGCGUGAACAGAUGGAAGGAGACCCUGGACAAAUGCCUUGCAGAUACAGAUGCGGAAAUCACUGCCUUGACCAAAGUGAAGGAAAUGGCAGAACGUGCUGUCCAGGCAAAGAACUUGUGUUUGGAUGUUGCCAUUGAGUGCCUGACGCUCCGUGAGAGCCGUCGCGCCAUCGAUGUGGUGAGGGAUCCUGUGGAGGAGGAGCUGCACAAGGAGGUGAAGGUGAUAGAAAAAGCCAAGAAAGAACUGCAGCAGAGAGUGAGCGAAGCCUUCGAACAGCUCUGCCUCUUACAGGAAGCUCGCCAGCAGCUGAGCUUUGACCAGCGCUGCAAGGUAGAAACACUGGAACUAGAUCGCACCUGCUUGUCUCUCAGCGUGAACUCUCCAAACAUCUCCUUCAAGGUCAACCCGACGCGGGUCCCGAACGGAUCGACUACGCUUGAUGAGUGGGAACUGAACAGCCUGCGCAACAAGAAGCAUGCUGAGGCAGAAACCAAUGCCUCCACCUUGCUCCGAGAAGUGACACUGCUGGCCAUUGCCCAGACAAACAACGAGCUGGAGGCUCAGCGUGAAGCUACCAGCUUUGCCUUGCGCAAGAGGAUUAGUGACCUGGAAAGAGCCCUCGAUGAGCUGAAGUGGCAGGAGAAGAACACCCUGGAGGAAAUUGCUGAGAUGGAAGAGGACAUCCCGCGCUUGGAGAAAGAUCUUCAGAGGAAAAUGCAAGAUCUAAAAGUGGCACACACCCGCCUGGAGACCCGCACGUGUCGGCCCAAUGUGGAGCUCUGCCGCGAUGAGGUCCAGUAUGGGCUAACGGAUGAGGUCCACCAGCUGGAAAAAUCGAUCCGUGCGCUCCAACAGAAGCUAGCAGAGUCGCAGUCUGCCUUGAACGCUCUUUACAGGCAACUCUAUCGCAUUCAGACAGAUAUUGGCUAUAAAACCAAUUCGCUGGUGCUGGACAACAAGUGCGUGGAGUGCCGCAGAAAGCUUGUGGUCCCUGCUGAGAAAUGUAUGCCAGAUUUUGAAGCUUUCAACCGGAGCGUGAACCAUACACUCUCCCCUCUGCAGAGUGGGCAGCUGGAGCUGGGUUAGCAUGCCAGGAGCGUUGUGCAAGGAGCUGCACUGAGGAGAAAGCUACCAGUGACUCAGUUCCGUAGCAGGGAAAGCUGACAUCUGUGUCGUGUUAGGAUAAUGUAAUUCUCCUCCCUCCUCCUGGUUUGUUAUAUAACUGUCUGUCCCCUUCUACGAUGUUUACAGCCACCCGCGCUCCGAGGAGCGUUGUACACAAUAAAG